AUGUGUAUCUUGAUCACUGCAACAGAUCAUCCCGACUAUCCCUUUAUUGCUUGUUCGAAUAGGGAUGAAUUUUUUGCACGGCCAACACAGCUUGCCACAGUAAGAGAUUUGCAUACCGGGGCCCGCAUUUUGUCGCCACUUGAUCUCGGGAGAGACGAACAUGGCACGUGGAUUGGAGUGACCUCUGAAGGCAGAAUUGCCAUAUUAGUCAAUUACAAAGAGCCUGAAUUUGUGCCCAGCAAAGUUUCAAGAGGCAUUCUUCCCAUCGAUUACUUGUCAUCCACGCUUAGCGACGAAGAAUGGUAUAAAACCCUUGAUGAUAAUUUGACCAAGAGUGCGUGUACUGGAGUUCCGGUGAGUCUUAAAGAUAUUGGCGGAUUCACAUUGAUCUACGGGAAGCUCGAGGUUGACCCUGUGCUGGGGAACUUGAUUCCUUUGAACAUCAUGAGCAAUCGUGGCGAUCGCGGAAAGAUUCAUGUGACAGGGCCAGAUGAAGGUGGCCUUCAUGGAAAAGUCGCGAGACAAAAGCAUUUCUCGGUUUCCAACUCGCUUUACUAUGAGCCGUGGCCAAAAGUGAAACUCGGCGAGGCAAAACUUGCCGAGUUGGUGAGCACAGCUGUUGAGAAGUCGUACAGUCGGGACGAGUUGGCAGAAGCGUGCUUCCAGAUCCUAUCUACCGACACAUACAAUCCAACCAUUAGAUACAGUGGGGACGAGUUUUCGGAGGCCAAGCUCGAAGAGCUUUGUAAUUCUAUUUUCAUCCCCCCUUUGGAAACUAAGUCGGCGACGGGAACUUCGCCCGAGUUUUAUGGUACUCGCACCCAGACGGUAAUCAUGUUCCACAAGUCUGGUGUGAUCCAUUACUAUGAGCGGGACUUGUACGACAGCGAGUCGAGGGUACAGCGUGUGAAGAAUCAGCACUUUGUUUUUUGA